AUGUUCCAGGAAGAGGAUUUCCACCUCUUAAAUUUUAGACGCCGGGAGAGUAAUGGACGGAAAGACCUGGGUGAAGAGUUACCAAAUGAACCCCACAGGAGGCUAGUAAACUUCCCCACGUCUCUGAAUGCAAACUUCACGCACUCCGUGCUGGACUUCCAGAAGAUAGAGCCCUCGUACUUUUUAACCAACGACUUGAGCAGGCGGCCCGCGGGGGAAUGUGGAGAAGCAGGGGAGGGAGGCCCUCGCGACGAAAUCACCUUCGAGAAGGAAGUGAACGAGGAAAGAGAACACAAAAAAAUAAUCACCCUCUUUGACUUGUCCGAGGAACAGAAAGAAAAAGUCAACCACUUUAAAAUAAAAAAGGUUUUACAGAAUGAAGUUUAUUUGAAAAAAAAUAAAAUUUUAAAAUACCUCAUUCACAUUUUUGUGUGUGAUCUGCUUAAGGAGAAGCCGGACGAUAUUUAUGAAUUCGCUGCCUGCUACUUCACGCACCCGCAGUUGCGGCAGAGCGUCGCGCAACGUCUGCGUGGCAUGCUUGGAAGGGCGUGA